CCAAACCAAACCCUCUCCUGGCAUCAUUUGGCCUUCUCGUAAGUACUCGUGGUUUCUCUCCUCGCUCCCAAGGUUGAUACAUCACUAGCUGCCAGGAAAGACGGAGAGCCAUGGCAGAUCAAGAAGAGAAGCCGUCGGCGGCGCUGGCUGCGGCGGAGCGAAUCCGGCAAGCGACGUUGAAGGCGGCCAGCAAGGGAAUGUCGCGCGCGCAGGCAGAGAGGGCGGCGGCUGCUGCUGCUCGCAACGUGAACGCGUACGGGCAGAAGGAGGAAGGGCCGAGCCGGUGGCAGGAGCGCAAGGAGGCGAAGCAGCGCAUGUACAUGGAGAGCACGGAGCAGGCGGCCAAGCUGGGCACGCGCGUCGACAUGCGGUCGGGCGCGGCCGGCGCGAACCAGCAGUGCCAGAAGUGCUUCAAGCUGGGCCACUGGACGUACGAGUGCAAGAACGAGCGCGUGUACAUCGCGCGCCCCUCGCGCUCGCAGCUGCUGCGCAGCGCUAAACUCCGCGAUAAGUCGGCGCUGGCGACAGGAGGGCUCGGCGGCGGCGAGGAUUUCGGGUUUGGGGCUGAGCGGAGCUUCCUCAUGGAUCGGCGAUUCGAGGAGCAGGCGGCGAUCGACCGCGCGAAGCAGGCGGAGAUUGAGAAGCAGCAGAAGGAGGAGGACAGGAAGAGGCGGGCCGACGAGAAGAAGCGGAAAGAGGAGGAACGGAAGAUUAAGCGGGCGGAGCAGAGGAGGAAGGAGAAAGAGAGGCGGAGGAGGAAAGUAAAGGAGAGGGCAAGAAGGAAAGAGAAGGAGAAGUUGAGGAGGAAGAAGCGCGGGAAGAGAAAGGAUAGCGAGAGCGAUGAGAGCGAUGAGAGCGAUGAGAGCUAUGAGAGCGAGAGCGACUCCGACAGCGACACGGAGAGUGACAGCGAGAGCGCGAGCGGGAGCGGGAGCGAGACGGCAUCGAGUGAAUCCGAAAGCGAGUCGGCGUCGGACAGCGAAUCGGAGAGCGAGAGCGAUCGGCGGAGGAGCAAGCGGCGUUCCCGCGGCGGUAAGAGGUCGCGCAAGAGAGGGCCGGGCAAGAAUGGCGGGCCCCGCAAGAAACGACGCAGAGGAGGCCGCGACGAGAGUGAGAGUGAGAGUGAGAGUGAGAAUGAGAGUGGGAGUGAGAGUGAGAGCGGGAGCGAGAGUGAGAGUGGGAGUGGGAGUGGGAGUGGGAGUGAAGGGAGCGAUAGUGAGGAUGAGAAGCCAGGGCGAAAGAAGGGACGGCGAGGGGGGAAAGGAGAGACAAAUGGGGAGAAGAAAGGAGUGAGGGGGGGCACUGACAUGGGGGAGGAGGAAGCAGCGAAGAAGGUGAACGGCAGGCGGGAGAAGAAGGCAGGUGUGGGGGACGACGAGGGGCGCGCGGAGGAGGUGGUGGCAGAGGCGCGCGAGAGUGGCGGAGUGCAGGGCAGCGGGCGGGCGGGGAGAGAGGGGGGCGAAGCCAGGGCGCAGAGAGCAGGGGGGAGGGGGCAGAACGGGAGAAGCGGAGAGGGGAGCGAGGAGGAGAGGGACGAGUGGCGGCGUGGCGAGGGUGUGGUGGUGGGUGGGCAAGGAAAGGCAAGGGGGUGGGGUGAUAACGGCGAUGGGGAUGGUGGGAGGGCGAGGCGGGCGAGGCAGGAGCAGGAUGGGGACGAGAGGCGCCAUGGCACAAGGGAGGGCGGGAAGCGGGGCGAUGCGGUGGAGGAGGGGGGCGAGGGAGGAGACGAGGAGGAGGAGGAGGAGAGGGGGCUGGAAGGGAGGGGAGCACGGGGCGAUGGGCAGGAGCGCGCAGAGGGGCGCGGUGGCAGGAGGCGAGAUGAGAGGGCAGGCGCGGAUGGCUCACGGAGGACCAAAGGCAGGGCGCGCAGGGUGGUGGAUGGAGACACCAGACGCGAGAGCGAUAGUGACGAGGCGAGCGAGAGCGAGAGCGGGAGCGAGGAGAGUGAGCGUGAGAGUGGGGGGAAGCGCAGGAAAGGAGUAGGGUCGAGGGAGCGGAAAGGCAGAGGCAGGAGCACCUGAGGGCCACCUUCCUUGAUGAGCCCAUGCUGCCCACACUGCACCUGCCACAGCCGCCUACCGUGUCGUCGCCUGCUGUACGGCUGCUGUGCGGGUUUCCACAGCAAGCACUCACCUUGCUCCCUACCCUGCCUGCCGUCCCCGCUUGCUGCUGUUGUCAGCAACCUGGCCUCACUGCAUACACUCAAGGGCCUCCCACAUUGCUAUCGCUUGUUGUGGCCUGUCUAGGGAAUCGUAUGCUUCGAGAAUAUUCUCUGUGCUCUCCAUACCAUGCACCAUGCGUUCUGCACGGUGGCAUUCUCUUGCGGCACCAGCCACUCAUCUGUACUGUACCUGGCUGCGCCUUUCGUGUCAGCAUUGUGACUAACACCAUUGGUAGAGAAAGGCUUGGUGGCGUGAUUAGGUGGUUGGGCUUGUUGGGCUGAGAAAAGCCCUUAGGAUCUUUCAGAGAUUAAGUCCCAGUUGUACAAGAUACUUGAGUAGUGCAGCGGAAGUUGAGU